AAAGGCGGGCAGAAAGGCCAGCAGCAAAGCAAGCAGCAAAGCGGUGCGGUGGUGGGGGCGCCCUUUGGUCUGGAGAAUCGGGGACCGGGUUCUGCCCUCUCUCCCGGUGUCAACGCUGUUCAGCCAGCCAGCGGCGGUAGCGCAGGAGAAGCAGCUCCGAAAGGUCAGCUGCAGCAGACCCGAAAGCUUUCCCGGCACCUUGGAGCCCGGGACGAUCCAGGCAGUGCAAUGCUGCGCGUGUGUCUGCUCGGAAGUAAGCCCCACCAAGUUCAGUAGGGCUUGUUCCCGGGCUAGAGCGCACAGGACUGGCUGCCUGGCAGGAGCUUGGAAGAAAAAAAAAGAUCCCAGAGAUCCCGCUUCAUCGAUCACGUGAAGGGUCGGUAGAGAAAGAGGAAACUGCUGUAAGGUAAAAAUGGAACUGUGAUUCUGGUAAACAUGCUACACACGAAGGUGAAAACGGAAAAGCCAGAUCUGGAGGCAGCCAAUGCUCGAAACCGCCUCGAUGCUGUGCUGCAAUGCCUACUGGAGAAGUCUGAGGUUGAUCGGGAGCAGAUGGAAGAGGACUCUGGGAAGACUCCCUCAGAUGUACUCAGCAAGGACUCUUCUCCUACUGCCACAGGAAAGAGGCCGUCCAGCCGGUUCUCUCACCACCGCCGCAAGAAGAGGAAAGAGACGGACGAUGGAUUGACAGAGGGUGGGCAGCAGAAACAGAACACCUAUGUCAUCAAGCUGUUUGACCGGAGCGUGGACCUGGCGCAGUUCUCCGAGAGCACCCCGCUGUACCCCAUCUGUCGGGCCUGGAUGCGGAACAGCCCCAUGGUCCGGGAGCAGGAGCGAUCUCCCAGCCCGAACCUGCCUGUCCUACUGGAAGAUGAAGAGGGUGCCGAAGGUCUGAAUGGGAAGAGCCAGGAUGUGUACAAACUGCCGCCUCCUGUUCCCUGCCACGCAGAUGCUGCAGGGGAACCAGUAAACCUGCGUAUCCCAUCCCCGCUAGAGCCCGAGGACAAGGCGAAAGUAGCGGCUGACACGGCUUCUGAUGCCGUACCUUCAAUGUCCUCCCUCAUCCACAAGAACAUGGAGCGGUGGAAGAAGAUAAGGCAGAGGUGGAAAGAGGGAUCGCACAAGAACCAGCUGCGAUACUCAGAGAGCAUGAAGAUUCUGAAGGAGAUGUACGAGCGGCAGUGAGAGACACAUCUGACUAUAGCCAACAACCUUUUGUAAAUCUCCCCUUCCCUGGAGUCCUUUGCCUUGGCAUUAACUGGCUUCAGUUUUGUGGAACAAUAAACACAGUAUUUGGAAUAUGUCCCCAUAUAUGUGUAUAUAUCUGUUUCUUGGAGCUGAGGAGGACCCACACAAGUGAACCAGGAUGCUAUGAAUUGUCAGGAGGUGUUGAUAUAAUCUGUGUGAGGUUGGGCAGCUUCUUCAGACCCUAGACUUGAUUCCUUUGUCCCGUUGGCUCCCCCACCCCCAGGCUGCCUAAUGAAUCCUCUUAAGGCAGAAAAUAAUAUAGUUUUCUGCCUCCGCAAGGAUCAUCCUCAGCUCUAGCACUUACCUGCACCCUCUGCCCUUCAGUCCUGACUUGCACUUUGAGCUUACCCUCUUGGCUUUUCCUGAGUACUGGCUUCGUCCUAUAACUCCUGGCUCACCUAUAGGCGUGGUUUUGGCGGGAAGAAGAGUUUCUUGGAGAAAAGGUGGGCUAGAGACCUAAUAAUUCUGAAAAGGAGGGUGCUGAGGACAAAGUCCAGCUAAAUCUCCUUCUGAGUUUCAUUUCAGGGGCCUGGUGGGGGGAGAGGAAUGACCCUGCACAGCUGCCAUGCCAGGACUUGGCCGCUCCUUCCCUUUUUCUCAGUGAUAGCAGGCCGGCAGGUCGCCAGGAGCUUGAUAGGCAGAGCAACAUGAUCAUGGUGUCUCCCCUGCCAGGUAAGUAUGAUAGGCAGAGCAACAUUUGGGCCUGGUGAGUCAGUGGAGUGUGACACAGCCGGAGAUCCCCAGAGUGGCUUUUUAUGGGGUGAAAUGAAGACAGCUGUCCGCUUAACUGAAGUGGGGAAAGACAUACUGGGUUGCAUCCACGAUUAGGGAGUGUAGACUCAUAGACGUGAAUGGACAUCACUAACUUAGGUCCAUUAAUGCCAUAGGAACCUGGGAAACUGCCUUAACAGAGAUCAGUGGUCCAGUCUAGCUCAGUGGCUCCCUGACGGCAGUAACUCUCCGGGGUUUCAAAGGGAGGGUAUGUUCCUCUGGCCCCUCCCACCACCGUCACGUGACCUCUGGGAAGUUGCCCAGAAGGGAAUACAAUAGGGUUGCC